AUGCCCAAGGUCGUGAAGGUCAAGCCUCGAACAGUCUGUACCUGUAUCAGUAAUCUCUGCGGAUCGAGAACGUAUUUGGAUGAGAGAGAAAAUGUCUGGCUCAAGGGCCAACUGGUUGAUCCUCGCACUGCAAAACGCCACCAACUAGCUGACAAGGAGGCCGGCCAUCUACCCGCAACUCCUGCCAAUGACCACCUCGAUCCUGAAAAUGCCGAUGUGCCCCUCAAUCCUGAAACUGAUCCAGCAGAGCCGCCUUCAGGCCCUGUACUCGAAGAUUCUGGUCUAAUUGCAUCCGACGAAACUCGUACUGGAGACUCAUGGGCCUCUGUAGUAGAAGCAUUGUCAAAUUCGUUAGGAGCAACUCGCUUGGCCUCCCUUGCUGAAGAUAGCAACAAGGAACGUGCAAAAGUGUAUGACGAUUCCAACGAGGUGAGCAAAAUCACCAAGGAAAAGAUCCGGCACGAGAAGAUGGAGAAGGAGAAGGCCAAGCGCGGGCAGAAAUCUCGCAAGGAAACGGAGUCAGCAGCUGUGCCUGCUACCCAGGAACCGGUGAAUCCUGAUAUUCCCACUGCUGUCAACAGCUUUAAUGUGGAUCAAAAUGAACCUACGAAUCCUGCGAUUGCAGGUGUACCUUUCAGAGACCUCCCUUACGGCUCGCAAACUUCGCCUGACGACUUCAAUUUUGCUGUUCCUGAUGACUGGGACGGAAUUUGGGAAGAGCCAGCCACCGAAUGUAUUUUUGAUUCACAUAUGUUAAAUCAGAUCAACGAAAUCCUGCCUCGCCUCAACCUUCCCUCCUGGAUCGAUGGUGCUGUCCCCGUCCUGGGGAAAGCGUCCUAUGAUUCCCUGACCAACAAUGAAGCUGAAAAACUAGUCAACCUGCUUAAUGCAAAGGAAGGGCCCGAACGAUGGGCGUUGCCAAGUUUAUGGGUUCGAAUGGGCAGUGCAGAGCAAAGUCGCACGACUCCCUUGCCAUCUCGAUGCCAUAGUCACAAGCAUUUCUACCACCAAGGAGUGACUUUUUCAACUUGGAUUGCUAACGGAAAGAAUAGUGUAGUUUUGUUGAAAUCGGAGUUGCCAAUUCAACUACGCUUCGCUCGGAUCGAAUCUAUCUUCACACAUCAACGACCAAUUCCAGAUGGCAAGGAUAUCAUCGAGACUUGGCUCAUGGUGAAGCCGUUUCCACCUCUCCCACAAGCAGAUGACAAUCCCUUCAACCGACUCAAAGACUUUGAAAUGCAAGCUACGGUCCGAUUGCCGGUUGACGUGGACAACGAAGGUCACUUGAUCAACAUUCAGGAUGUAGUUGCUCAUUGCGCGUGGGUUGAAUACAAAAGUGGAGAGUUAGCUCCCAAUUUAAAAACCCCGACUGUUGCAAUGGUCUCUGUUGAUCGGGAGUAA